UUCCGUCUACAGCCUGAUCGCGGAGGCUACCAUGUUGCAGUGGUGACGCUGAGCAGCUCUGACCGCGACUGUGACCAAAUCCCUUCUGGGUCAGUGAACUGAGGAAAAGGGUUUCAGGAGGUACCUUCCGAGGACUUAGAUUUAUUUCCUGCGUUACUUUAGGCACCCUGAGGCGCAGCAUGAGCGGAGGGACGCCGUAUAUCGGGAGUAAAAUCAGCCUGAUUUCCAAGGCCGAGAUUCGCUAUGAGGGAAUCCUCUACACCAUAGACACCGAGAACUCCACUGUAGCGCUGGCUAAAGUGCGCUCGUUUGGAACCGAGGAUCGCCCCACUGACCGGCCCAUCCUGCCCCGGGAUGAGACCUACGAAUACAUCAUCUUCAGAGGGAGUGAUAUUAAAGACCUGACAGUUUGUGAACCUCCCAAGCCAUCUUUGCCUCAGGACCCUGCCAUUGUCCAGUCUUCUUUGGGAUCUUCUGCUCCACCCUCAGCUUUCCAGAGUGGAAACACCUAUGGGCUGUUUAAACAAGCUCCAGUGUCUCCAUACAGCCAGUUCACUGCCAGUCCACUCGUCUCACCCCCAUUUGGGACUGUUGGAGGACGCAGCAGUCCUGCCCUUGACCCGUUGCAGAAGAGUCCACCUGUGGAGCCGUCGGCAGCGUUGGCCUCGUCCGUCAGUGGUACUGCGCCUGUGAGUCGCAGGAGCCCCAUCACAGCACGUCUCGGCACAGCCGGUACCCAGAAGGCCCCAGAGGCCCCAGAACAGAGGCGAGGCGAGGGCCGGUCUAGACUACGCCCGGGACUAGGGCACGCAGCACCGGACACUAAUGUUGUUCAUUCUGGUUUUCAGUCAGCGGGCAUCGAUGCACCUAAAGUGGCUGCGCGACCCGAGUCCGAUCAGUCCAGAGGGGACAGUAAGGAAGCCCCUAAGCGGCAAGCAGCUGCUGGACAUGUUGGGCCACCUGGUCAGCGUCGUGGUCGUGGUGGAGGGCAUCGCGGCAGAGGCCGUUACCCUGUAAGAAGAGAUGGACCCAUGAAAUUCGAGAAAGAUUUUGAUUUUGAGAGCGCCAAUGCCCAAUUUAACAAGGAGGAGAUCGACAAGGAGUUCCAGAGCAAACUCAAACUUAAAGAUGAGAAACAAGAGAAGGCUUUAAAUGGUGAGGAUAAAGGUGACUCGGGGGUGGAUACUCAAAACAGUGAGGGUAAUGCUGAUGAGGAAGAUCCACUCGGACCCAACUGCUACUAUGACAAGUCCAAGUCCUUCUUUGACAACAUCUCCUGCGAUGACACCAGAGAAAGGAGACAGACGUGGGCAGAGGAGAGGAGAAUGAACGCCGAGACGUUCGGGAUCCCGUUCCGCCAGAACAGAAACCGAGGUGGAUAUCGGGGCCGCGGGGGAAUGGGCUUCCGAGGAGGACGCGGUCGUGGAGCCAGCCGGGGGUCAUUUGGAGCAGCACAUGCAGGGGGCAGUGGAUACAGAGGGGGUUACAGAGGAAGCCAGGGCGGAAGGGAGUUCGCCGGUUUUGAAUACAGGAAGGACAACAAAGUUUCUGCAUAGUGCGGCUGGACGCUGGAGCUACAGGACGGUGUAACUAAUGGGUAUAUGUAUUUCAUCACUACUUUUGACAAGAAGAAUGAAGUAAAAAUUUACGAGAUGUUUACUUGUCACCAGCACUGGUAUAGACCACUGGAGGAGUGGAUAUAAAUGCAAUUUCUUUUCCAUCUUCUAUGAGUGGAAAUCUUUCAGCCUUUUAAAAUGUAAACCUGACAAGAAUAUUUCCUGAUGGAGUAAUUUGUUGUAUGAGCAUAUUUUAGAGCAACUAAUGUUUUUGGUUAUUUUUUUCUCUUCAGUACUAAACUUGUAUUUAAUAACCAGUUAGCUGUAAACGAGCAGUGUAUAUAAAUAUAUAUUCCUUUGAUCACUGAAAUAGCUUUAUUAUUUUCAAUAUCUUUUUUCCGUUCCAACUUUUUACUGUAUUUUUCUACUUACAUUCUUGAGGUUUGUUGGUAGGAAUUGUAGUGGUGAUUGUUCGAUUUGACUAGCAUGUGGUUGGAUUUCCUUCGACUCUCCAAACAACUCUGGUACAUGAUAUGGCUGUGUUUGGUGUCUUCACGAGAGAGUAAGGUUCUUUGCUUAAGGAAACAUCUAAUUAGUCUGAUUAGUAACCCUGGAUGCUGAGGAAUGAGUAAAAUAUCUUCUAAAAGAUCAUACUAAAAUGUUCAACUUCAUAAGGCACCAAUCCAUGAGCACUCAAAGUUAUGUGUAGAUGCUGCACCUGCCUUGUAGCUGUACUUAAUAAGCUGUUAUAAGGCAUGUGGCUUCAUACAUAUGUGAACAUUUACACACACAGGAGGCUAAAGUAUAUGGAGUGUGAUCAUGAAGAAUAGCACUGGCUCGGUCACAUGGAGAAGUCCUUAUAUUCUGCACUUGAAUUUGUUGUGGUAUUUCACUGAUAAAUAUAAUCUUUUAUUGAAUGGAACGGUGUAUAUGAUAAAUGCUUCCUGUGCUUUAGCAUGUAUAACCACGUGGUUUUAAAAUUAGACGUCGACACCGAGGCCGGUGUAUGUGGAUAUUGAACAGUACGGUGUGGGGCAGACUGGUGACUUCAGCUGGAAGGCAAGUGAAUAUAAUAAAAUGGCCACUACGUGUGUGUUAUUUAGCACUUAUUUCCUCCAGUAAUCUGCCGAGUGUUCCUGCACUAUUUACCUGUGUAGCGAGUAGGUCAGGUGAGGCCGUAGAGCAUAAAGAUUUGCGCGAUCCUCGACCGCAGAAGGCAGUUUAGUUCACUGCGUUCCUCCUGCAUUGUCCUCACCACUGUUUGGAUCGAUGUUUAUGAUGUUAGAUAUAGAGCUGAUUAAAUAUUCCUUCAUCUGGUUCCGAAAGCAUGUUCAUUGUAUGGAAUGUGACUUGACUGUGUUGAGAUUGUGUGUAUACACAGUGUAAGCUCUAUCUACACCGUGGUGCGUAUGAGCCCUAGUCAUCGAUCCAUUUCUGGUUCUGUUUUGUCUCCACACUACACACAACUUCUCAUGGACUCGCUGGCAGUCUGUGCCUCGCUGUGGCUUCUUCAGAUCUUCUUCAGAUUUGUUUAGGAUCUCUGAUCUAACUGGUAGAACGUUCAAAAAUAUAACCAAAAUGCAGAUGUUUAAGAUAGAAAUAGCUAUUUUGACUGAUUUGUUCAAAUCCCACAGGUAUUGGACGAUUCUGCCUCAUUAAAUUAAGCUUUUGAACUUUUCUACCUCACAUUGCUUAUGAUAAGAUGGAAAAAAACACUUCCCUAUGAAUGCUCUAUACAACACUACACGCAAAAUAAAAACUAUUUCACCGCUGUUAAUGAAAGAAAUGAUACCUGUGACAAGCUUCCUGCAUUGAAAUCUUAAAUGUUUUGGAAAUUUAACAGUAGCUUGCUAGUUCUCCACAGCAAACCAGUAACACUCGAUAAAUACCAGCAUCAGCUCUCAUUUCUCCAAGCCAAGCGUUUUUAUUCUUCUCUCAAAGCCACAAUUACAUGUUUGACAAGAUAUAAUAAUUUAUUAAAUAAUUCAGGUUUUAGUUGGUUUUUGAAGCAGUUGAUUUGUCUCCACCCUAAAAUGACUGGUUUUCACCCCCAGUGGUCAUUCAGUCUAUUAUACAUGAGUGCAAUGGAACAAAAUGCCUGUUUUUCUUGCUUCUUGUUGGACCUUUUCAGUUCAUCAGUAAAUGAUUAUAUGUGUAAAAAAAAAAAAUACCAAAAAGUAAUGCAAUAGUGUAAGAUUUCUUCUUUUCUUGGUCAAAGCUUUUAGAAGCAUCAACUCUGCUAGAUGGUAAAGUUUUGUCAUUAUUUUCAACUAGACUUUCUAUUAAUGAAAAAGUUCAGUUUGUCCGGUGUAUUUUUGUCAAAACUCUUAGCAUUAGCAAUAAUAUUUUUUGCUGUUUAUAUUUCACUAUCUGGGAGCUCACUAAUUGUUUUUGGGUGCUAGAUAUCACCACAGCAUUGUAAAGGACAAGUAGCUACUCUUAAAGCAAACUAAAUUUGCACUUUUGCACUUAACCGCUUCUCUCUGAUUCUCAAUUUCCCCUGGCUUGUUUCCCUCUGCGGUGAACAUUUAUAAAGGAAUACUCAAAGGAUUUUUACCUAAGUCUUAAGAUGAUGCAGGCUUUAACUGUGUAGAUGUCAUCUUACGAAACGUUCCAUACUACAUGGAGAACUAAUAUCCGGAUAUCCCUUAAGAGCAAAGAUGAAUUUAAUGAUGAAAUUUAAGGAAACUUUAUUUCUGAUAUUUUUCAUUUCUUUCAUUCCAGGUUGUGUUCUCUCCUAUACCUGUUAGUUUUCAGGGCAAUGUGAAAUACAGGGUUUAUUUAGACAUGAAGCGUUGUUGUGUCAGAUGUCCACACUGUUCUGUGUGGAUUUCAUCAUGUAAUCGAUUGUGAUCAGCACUGCUGUGAGGAUGUCUUUAUUUCACCUUCAGCAGUCUCUGCAUGCUGGUGUUGCCACAAAGCUCAUGAGGAAAUAAUACAUGGCAAUGCUUGUUGAGGCAGAUACUGUUACAGAACCGUUGUACAAUUGAGAGUAAAUAAUACCACUUCCUUCAGUAAGGUUUAACUUUACAUUUUUGUCUUUCAUGCAUGAGGGGUGUAGCUCAGUGUAAAGGGAUUUUUACUCUGAAACUACAAUAAACUGUUGAUUAUUA